GGCGAAUCGAAACGCAUCACCUUGGUGUUACAACAACCGCCGGGCGGUGGCGCUCCUCCCGGCCAACGCCACGUGGUAUUGGGUAGUUUGCCGGGCAAAAUCGUCCUUCAAGGCAACCAAUUGGCCGCUCUCGGACAAGCCAAAGGGACAACGGGUCAACCCGCCAAGGUGGUCACCAUCCAACUUCAAGUUCAACAACCACCCGCCGGUCAAACGGGCGCUCCUCAGAAGAUCCAACUUCUUCAACAACCCGCCGGCGGCCAAACGGCGCCGGUGACCGUCUCCUCCGUGCCGCAGGUGGUGGGCGGAGCCGGGCAGAGGUUGACGGUGCCGUUGAAGGUGGUCCUCCAACCUCAGAAGCGACGGUCGAAUCGGCAAGUCAAGCGGAAGAAAUACACCGAAGAUUUGGACAUCAAGAUCACCGAUGAUGAGGAGGACGAAGAGUUGGAUGUGACGGGACCGGUUCGAACCGAGCAGCUCCCGGUGCCGCAACCCCCCGCGCCGGAACCGGAGCCGGAGGGCGAGACGUUGCCCUCCAUGCAAUUUUUUGUGGAAAACCCCAGCGAGGAGGACGCGGCCAUCGUGGACAAGGUCCUCUCCAUGAGGGUGGUGAAAAAAGAGCUUCCGUCGGGGCAGUUCACCGAAUCGGAGGAGUUUUUCGUCAAAUACAAGAACUACUCCUACCUCCACUGCGAGUGGGCCACCAUCGACCAGUUGGAGAAGGACAAGAGGAUCCACCAGAAGCUGAAGAGGUUCAAGACGAAGAUGACGCAGAUGCGACACUUCUUCCACGAGGACGAAGAACCCUUCAACCCCGACUACGUAGAGGUAGACCGCAUCUUGGACGAGUCCCACAGCGUCGAUAAGGACAACGGGGAGCCGGUGGUCUACUACUUGGUGAAGUGGUGCUCCCUACCCUACGAGGACAGCACUUGGGAGCUCAAGGAGGACGUAGACGAAGGAAAAAUCGGAGAAUUUAAGCGUAUCCAAGCCCGGCAUCCGGAACUCAAGCGCUUGCCCCGUCCCCAAGCCGGUUCUUGGAAGAAACUGGAGCUCUCCCACGAGUACAAGAACCACAACCAGCUUCGCGAAUACCAACUGGAAGGGGUCAACUGGUUGCUCUUCAACUGGUACAACAGGCGAAACUGCAUCUUGGCCGACGAGAUGGGCUUGGGUAAGACCAUCCAAUCCAUCGCCUUCUUGCAAGAGGUCUACAACGUCGGCAUCCGCGGUCCUUUCUUGGUCAUCGCUCCCCUCUCCACCAUCACCAACUGGGAACGGGAGUUCAACACCUGGACGGAGAUGAACAGCAUCGUCUACCACGGCAGUUUGGCCUCCAGGCAGAUGAUCCAACAGUACGAGAUGUACUGCAAGGACUCGCGGGGUCGUCUCAUCCCCGGAGCCUACAAGUUUGACGCCCUCAUCACCACUUUCGAGAUGAUUCUCUCCGACUGUCCCGAGUUACGGGAGAUCGAGUGGCGUUGCGUCAUCAUCGACGAGGCCCAUCGCCUGAAGAACCGCAACUGCAAGCUGCUCGACAGCCUCAAGCACAUGGACCUGGAACACAAAGUCCUCUUGACGGGCACCCCGCUCCAAAACACGGUGGAAGAACUCUUCAGCCUCCUCCACUUCCUGGAGCCUUCCCAGUUCCCUUCUGAAGCAGAAUUCCUCAAGGAUUUUGGGGACCUCAAGACAGAGGAGCAGGUGCAGAAGCUCCAGGCCAUUCUCAAGCCCAUGAUGCUCCGUCGGUUGAAGGAGGACGUGGAGAAGAACUUGGCGCCCAAACAGGAGACCAUCAUUGAGGUGGAGUUGACCAAUAUUCAGAAGAAAUACUACCGGGCCAUCCUGGAGAAGAACUUCUCCUUCCUCUCCAAAGGCGCCGGUCACACCAACAUGCCCAACCUCCUCAACACCAUGAUGGAACUGCGCAAGUGUUGCAACCACCCCUACCUCAUCAACGGCGCGGAGGAGAAGAUCUUGGCCGAAUUUCGGGAAUCUUGCCACCACCACGUCCCCCACGACUUCCAUCUCCAGGCCAUGGUCCGCUCGGCCGGCAAGCUGGUGCUCAUCGACAAGCUGCUGCCCAAGCUGAAGGCCGGCGGCCACAAGGUGCUCAUCUUCUCCCAGAUGGUGCGCUGCCUCGACAUUUUGGAGGACUACCUCAUCCAGAAGAGGUACCUCUACGAGCGGAUCGAUGGACGGGUACGGGGUAACCUCCGCCAAGCCGCCAUCGAUCGCUUCAGCAAACCCGACUCGGAUCGUUUCGUCUUCCUCCUCUGCACGCGGGCGGGGGGGUUGGGCAUCAACCUCACCGCCGCCGACACCUGCAUCAUCUUCGAUUCCGAUUGGAACCCCCAAAACGACCUCCAGGCUCAAGCGCGGUGUCACCGGAUCGGGCAGAGCAAGGCGGUGAAGGUCUAUCGCCUCAUCACGCGGAAUUCCUACGAGCGGGAGAUGUUCGAUAAGGCCAGCCUCAAGUUGGGGCUCGACAAAGCGGUGCUGCAGUCCAUGAGCGGACGGGAGGGCAACAUCGCCGGGAUCCAGCAGUUCUCCAAAAAGGAGAUCGAGGACCUGUUGCGCAAGGGGGCCUACGCCGCCAUCAUGGAAGAGGACGACGAAGGUUCCAAGUUCUGCGAGGAGGACAUAGACCAGAUCCUGCUGCGUCGCACCACCACCAUCACCAUCGAGAGCGAGGGGAAGGGUUCCACCUUCGCCAAGGCGAGCUUCGUGGCUUCCGAAAACCGCACCGACAUCGCUUUGGAUGACCCCAACUUCUGGCAGAAGUGGGCCAAGAAAGCCGACCUUGACCUGGACCUGCUGAAUUUCCAGAACAACCUGGUGAUCGACACGCCGCGGGUGCGGAAGCAGACGCGACACUUCAGCACGCUUCGGGACGAUGACCUGGUGGAGUUCUCGGACCUGGAGAGCGAAGAUGAGGAGAGACCUCGGUCCCGUCGUCACGACCGGCACCACCACGCCUUGCACCACGCCUACGGUCGCACCGACUGCUUCCGCGUGGAGAAGCACCUCCUGGUCUAUGGCUGGGGCCGAUGGCGGGAGAUCCUCUCCCACGGACGCUUCAAGCGACGUCUUUCGGAACGAGACGUGGAGACCAUCUGCCGGGCCAUCUUGGUCUACUGUCUUCUCCACUAUCGCGGUGACGAGAACAUCAAAGGCUUCAUCUGGGACCUCAUCAGCCCCACCGAGAACGGCAAGGCCAAGGAGCUCCAAAACCACUCGGGUCUUUCCAUCCCGGUUCCUCGAGGUCGGAAGGGGAAGAAGGUCAAAUCCCAAAGCACCUUUGAUGUCCACAAAGCCGAGUGGAUCCGCAAGUACAACCCCGACACCCUCUUCCAAGACGAGAGCUACAAGAAGCACCUCAAGCAUCAAUGCAACAAGGUUCUGCUGAGGGUACGGAUGCUCUACUACCUGCGACAGGAGGUGAUCGGGGACCAGGCGGAGAAGGUGUUGGCGGGGGCGGUGGCCAG